AUGUUGACCGAAUUAACCAAUAAAACUCGUGCCGAUAUUGAAAAGCGCCAAGCCGUACUGCGAGAACGUCGUCCUUUGUACGCCGCACGCGCAGCCGAGGCUGUCGCCAGAGAAAGACUAUCUCGCGCACGCAAAGAAAGACUAGGCCACACUCAAAAACAGCAUGUCACUGAUGCAAUACGACUAGUACGAACGGCAAAGACGAUACUUGAUGAACGUGAUACGACUAGGUGCUUAGAAGCAGCUGAGUUUGCAAUGGAGCAAAUAUCGAGGAAACCUAUUAAAUUGUUGCCGGACAAGGAAAAGUUUCUACUGGAGUUGUAUAAUUUGAUCGCCAAUGCGUUCUUGGAUCAAGUUAAG